AUGCUUGUCAGAGAUUCGCUGAGCCGGCUGGUGAGCCGCAAGAGCCAGCUCGUGGACCACCACUUCUUGUCGUUGGCUGCGCUCAUGGAUGACAUCACCCGCACAGAGGCAAAGCUCGCAGACAGGUACACGGCAUUUGCAGAGGCGCUGCAAGCGUACAGCGAGGAGGAAAGCCCAGGCAUACGCAAGUCCCUCUCCAAGUAUGGCGCCAUGCUGGAAAAGGCACAGGACCAACGCAGAAAACUGGCAAAUCGGUGCAGCUCAAAAGUGGCCGAGGCCCUCCGCGAGUUUGCCACCAAGACGAAAGACAUCCGCGAUGAGCUGCAGACGAGGGACAAGUUGAAGAACAAGAAGGAGCUGAAGAAGAAGGCACUCGACAAGCUUCGGUCAAAGGAAUCCAGCGCAACCAAGGCAUUGAAUGACGCAAAGCUGGACCACGCCUCUGCAAAAGCAGCGGUGUUGGAGAGCGACAAAGGGCUUGCGCGCAGCAUUGUCGAGUUUGAGGGCAGAAAGCUCGACUGCUUGCGGGAUCUGAUGCAUGAUUUUCUUGAGGCGCAAUUGAUUCUGUGCUGUCGCACACUGGAACGCCUCUCCUCUGGCCAGCGCUACAUCGACUACAUCAACCCAGACGAAGACCUCAAGGAGGUGACCACCAUGGAGAAAUCAAUCAACGACACUGGGAGGCGUAAGAACAAGGACGGGCGCAGAGGAAAGCGUGGCGGGCGGCGCACACGCGGCAGCAGCGGUGACGACAACGACCACAGCCACGACGACGCAAGCGAUGUCAGCGAUGGUGGUAAAGACAGACGACGGCGUGGACAUAAGGGCAGGCACCGUGGUGGCGGUGGUGGCGACUCGCAUUACGAUUCACGCGACGACGACGACGAUGAGGAUGAGGAUGAGGAGGACGUGGACAACGCGAGCACGAUUGGGCGGCGCAGUCCUCCGAAGAAAGGACGCAACAAAGGGAGGAACAACAGCGAGUCGAGCGACGUGUCUGAGCUGUCGAUGGAAGAGGAUGGCCGGUCCUCCCCGCGCAUCCGGCGCAGGCGCACUAUCAAGGGGUUCACAUAG